AUGGAGAAGAUCGUGUUCUUCGAGGACCGGGACUUCAAAGGAAAGUCCUAUGACUGCAAAGGGGACUCAGCCGACCUGCACGGCUACAUCCGCCGAUGCAACUCGGUCAAAGUAGAAGGUGGCUGGUGGGUUCUGUAUGAGCGAAACAAUUACACGGGCUACCAGUACAUCGUUGGACCAGGGGAGUACAAUGAUUACCGCCACUGGAUGGGCUUCAAUGAUUGUGUCCGAUCCUGUAGGAUCAUCAAAAGUGCCAUAGGGCCAUACAAACUGAAGAUAUUUGACCGGCCAAACUUCGGAGGACAAUCCUUCGAUCUGACAGAAAACGUGAAGUCUGUCCAUGAGAAAUGGCCCCGACAAGAAGUGCAGUCCUGCAAGGUCCUAGGGGGCUCCUGGGUUUUCUUUGAGCACCCUAACUUCUGUGGUCGCCAGUUCCUGCUGGAGAAAGGGGAUUACCCACACUACUCAGAGUGGGGCGCUCUGAAAGCAAUCGUGGGCUCCAUCAGAAGAAUUUUGCAGCUGUAAAAGUUCCAUGUAAUGUAGAUCAUUGCAAUAAAC